CACUUUAUAACAAAAUCCAACACUCCCUUUUGAUUCUACAAUUGUUGUCUGAUUAAAUGGCAGCAAAUGAUGUUCCAUGUUGUGAACCAAUGUUUUGGACAUACCUAAUCAUAUGCAUAGCAUUAGUGUCUUUUGCUGGCCUGAUGUCUGGUCUUACACUCGGACUCAUGUCUCUCAGCCUUGUUGAUCUUGAAGUUCUCAUCAAGGCUGGUCAGCCACAAGACCGCCAAAAUGCAGAAAAGAUUCUACCAAUUGUUAAGAAUCAGCAUUUGCUCUUGUGUACCCUCCUCAUAGGCAAUGCCCUUGCAAUGGAGGCUCUGCCUAUCUUCCUGGACGCGCUUCUUCCGGCUUGGGGUGCUAUACUUAUAUCAGUGACCCUAAUACUUGCCUUUGGAGAGAUCAUCCCUCAAGCUGUAUGUUCUCGGUAUGGACUGCGUGUUGGUGCUAAAAUGUCUGUGGUAGUACGGUUCAUACUUAUUCUUUUUUUCCCAUUAGCUUAUCCAAUCAGUAAGUUGUUGGACUGGAUUCUUGGAAAAAAGCAUUCUGCACUCUUACGACGGGCGGAGCUUCGGACGUUAGUUAGCUUGCAUGGAAAUGAGGCAGGGAAAGGUGGGGAGCUGACACAUGAUGAAACCACAAUUAUAACUGGAGCUUUAGACAUGAUUCAGAAGACUGCUAAAGAUGCUAUGACUCCUUUAUCUAAAAUAUUUUCGCUCGACAUCAAUUCUAAACUUGACGAGGAAACAAUGGGGCUCAUCAUAAGCAAAGGGCAUAGCCGUGUGCCCAUUUAUUCAGGAAACCCAGAAAACAUAGUCGGCUUGAUUUUGGUGAAAAAUUUGAUCAAGUUUCGUCCAGAUGAUGAAACCCCUCUAAGAGAUAUAACCAUCAGGAAAAUCCCAAGGGUACAACACCAUUUGCCUCUUUAUGAUAUAUUAAAUCAGUUUCAAAUCGGCAACAGCCAUAUGGCUGUUGUCAUCAAGUGUAAGAAUGAUGACAUUAAGAAGACUGGAGAAAAAACAGAACCAAAUCCUAGCAUGUUCAAGCCAAAUAGUAAGCCCAACAAAAACCAAAGAAAAACAAACAUGAAAGGGAACGUUGAUUGCCAGUCUGAUCGAAACAAGCGUUUUAACAUCUGCAUUCACGUGCCACCGCUAUACUCCAACGACACUGACAGUCCAACAAUGCCAAAUAAUAUCAGCACUUUAGAAAAUUGCUUGCAACAAAAAAUACAUAAAUUUGAAAACCAUUCGGAAGAAGAACUGGAUUGUCUUUCAGAUUUCGAUGACGAAGUUAUCGGCAUUAUAACACUAGAAGAUGUAAUGGAGGAACUGUUGCAGGAAGAAAUUUUGGAUGAGACGGACGAGUACACCGAAGUUCACAAUACAAUUAAAAUCAACAUGUUACCUACGAGAAGAUCACCACUGGUAAUUAGGUCACCAUUAGCAGGCGCAUCAUGUGUUACCCAAAUUCAGUGGAGAACUCCAAUGUCUUCCCCAGUUUCUUCGUAUCAUCAGAGUCCGCUUUCUCCAGUACUGCAUUCUCCAAUUUCACAAUUUGUUCCGUCUCCUUUAAUAAGUAGACCAACUCUUUUAGCUUGUCCUGCAAAAUCUCCCCCGGCUGCCAUAGCUAGCAACUCACCGUCCUCCCAUCGGGUUUUGAGAAAUUCAUACGAGAAGCUAAGAGCUUGAGGAGCAGUGUGUAAACCCUGAAAAUGUUAUACCUCGGAAUUAGAUGUAAAAUUAGACUUUGUUUUAUUGGGUAUAAAUCAAUAAGAAAGAAGAAAUUUCCUAAAAAUGUACUUUCUUGUCUAUUAACUGUAAAAU